GUACAGAGAUAACUCUUGCUAUGGACACUCUACAGUCAACAUUUGGAUGUUGUGGUAUCACAUCCUUCAGAGAUUACGAGACCAACCCAGAUUUUGCGUGUACCUCAGGACCAAGCCCAGAGGCGUGUGGUGUUCCAGCCUCCUGUUGUACACCCCAAGGGCUUAAUGAUUUUGGGGAGAGUAUGUGUGGCCAUGGUGUUCGUCUCAACAAUACGACGCCGACUGGCCGGGUGUAUGUUGAUGGGUGCAUCAACUCUUUCACCUUCCUACUUAGCAGCAGACUUGAUCUGGUCGGAGCCUUUGCCCUGGGAUGUGCAAUUCCACAGGUGGUUGGAUUUUUGCUGACAUACUACUUUAUACGACGAGUGGAAAUUAAUCGCUGUUGGUACACUGCUACCAACAGCGACCUCUACCAGGCUUUGUAGUCAACAGGUGUCACUCUAAAAUGGCUGCCAAGCGUACGUCGGCUGAAUCCGUUAAUUGCCAUAGAUUUGUCAAAAUGUUAAUAUCCUCAAUAUAUCAGUGUUUGUUUAACACCUUCCAGAGUUGUUAAACUCACUGCUUAGAUUUAUUACUAUAUUUAUAUUCAAAGAGUAGCCGCAGUGGCCCGACAUGGUGGUCACUAGGUAGAUGUUUGUAACACAAAGGAACUUUCAUGUCUGAUGAAGUAAUAGGUUGUGUAUCACAUGGUUAUGCAAAUAAAAUCAAUUCAACCAUUCUUUUUAAAUGAAACAAAAUAUCUAACUAUGAUUUUUAAUCUCAACUGUCAUAUCAACCUGAAAGAAAUGUUUAAAGAUAAUAUAUAAAUGUAAACAGUGUGUAACGUUGACCAUUUUUUCACCAAUAUUCCUAUUAUUUCCUAUAAAAGUUUUAUGUGCAGAUUACAUUGACAUGUUGAAUGCUUCAUUUUGUUUGUGUAGCAUGACUAGGGUUAAUGUAAGAACAAAGCUUCAAAGACGAAUUACUGAGAUUACAUCUUCUUCCUGACUUGUACAAUAGAAUGUUAUUUAAUAUAAAUAAGGAGGGAGGUUUCUUUUUACUCUCUUUUUACUGUAGAAUCUCUUACAGAUAUUACAGAGGAGGAAGAGUUUAUCCUCAUUCUUACUUAACUUGUUCAGUAGAAUCUCUUACAGACAUUACAGAGGAGGAAGAGUUUAUCCUCAUUCUUACUUUACUUGUUCAAUAGAAUCUCUUACAGACAUUACAGAGGAGGAAGAGUUUAACCUCAUUCUUCUUUUACAUUGUAUCUUGGUAUACAAAGUCUUACUGAUGUACAUUGUAACUUUGUAUACAAAGUUUUACUGAUGUACAUUGUAACUUAGUUAUACAGUCUUACUGAUGUACAUUGUUACUUAGUUAUACAGUCUUACAGAUGUACAUUGUAACUUAGUUAUACAGUCUUACAGAUGUACAGUGUAACUUAGUUAUACAGUCUUACUGAUGUACAGUGUAACUUAGUUAUACAGUCUUACUGAUGUACAUUGUAACUUAGUUACACAGUCUUACUGAUGUAUAUUGUAACUUAGUUAUAGUCUUACUGAUGUACAUUGUUACUUAGUUAUACAGUCUUACUGAUGUACAUUGUUACUUAGUUAUACAGUCUUACAGAUGUACAUUGUAACUUAGUUAUACAGUCUUACAGAUGUACAGUGUCACUUAGUUAUACAGUCUUACUGAUGUACAGUGUAACUUAGUUAUACAGUCUUACUGAUGUAUAUUGUAACUUAGUUAUAGUCUUACUGAUGUACAUUGUAACUUAGUUACACAGUCUUACUGGUGUACAUUAUAACUUAGUUAUACAGUCUUACUGAUGUAUAUUGUAACUUAG